CUCUCCCACCGCGUCCAGCCUUUCCUUUCACACCCCCGGGGCAGCGCCCGCGAUCCUGCAACGCACUAUAAUCCCACGGGGCUGCGCAGAGCAGUGUAGUCCCGCGCCCUUCUCCGCACAAGCAGAGCAAGGAAACCUCGGAAGAUAGCGCGCCACGCCUCUUUUUGAGCAUGUGCUCCGCGUCUCCGCGUGAAGACGAUUACGCGAUGCGAUGAACGAGGAAUCCAGACGUGCAGAGCAGACCCGGAGUAUCCAUCGGUAUGUGGUAACGAAUAGGUGCGAUACGAUAGUGAGUGGGACGGCGUUCACGCGGGCUUCUGCAUUCGGUGUCUCUCUGGGCGGUUUCCUUUGUUAGGAGCGCAUGGCUUGGUUCUGCAGGAACUAGAAUCUGUCGGAGUAAAUGGGGCCGCGUUUUUGCAUUACCUGACAGGAAUACGGCGGUAUCUGACAGGAACGCGGCAGUGCCUGGCGGGGCUGCGGCAGUACCUGAUAGGGCUGUGGCAGUGAAUUAUCAGCCACAGUGAGAUGCUGGAGUCGGUUUUAGGGGCUUUGUGGAGCUCGAUUGUCUUUGUGGGGGCGUGUGGCUUAGCUCUACCGGUCUGGGGCGUUGCGGUAAUAGAUAGGGAACUGCAGUGUUGCAGUGCAAAGAUACGGUCUGGGGCUGCGGUGAGGUGCCGGUGCAAGUCCCCGGGUGUGUUCUCUGUGAGUCUCUAUCUUCUAGGCUGGGUCGCGUGGCUUAGUUCUGGAUGGCUUCACGUCAACGUCAGUGUAUGGAGCUGCGUGGUUGUGGUGGAUAAAAUUGCGCCGGUGAAUGCGGAUACGGUGUAGUAUGGUAGCAGAUUGAAUUGGCGGCGAUAGAUCGAGCUGCGUUGUGGCAGCAGCUGAGAUUUGUGGCUGUGUAUGGGGCUGUUGGCUGUGUAUGGGUUUGCGGCACGAUAGCGAAUGGGCCGUGAUGUGGGAGCGUGGAAGACAGAACUUCGGAGGACUGCAGC